AUGACCAAGGGUACCACCUCGUUCGGUAAGCGCCAAACCAAGUCGCACACCUUGUGCCGUCGUUGUGGCAAUCGUUCCUACCACAAGCAAAAGAAGACUUGUGCCAGCUGCGGUUAUCCUGCCGCCAAGAUGCGCAAAUUCAACUGGUCCGAGAAGGCCAAGCGUAGAAGAACCACUGGUACUGGCCGCAUGAGCUACUUGAAGAAGGUUCACCGUCGUUUCACUAAUGGUUUCCGCGAGGGUUCCCAGGCUGUCAAGCGUGUUAAGGCCACCACUGAAGCCAGCUCCUAA